UCGAACUUCAAUUUUGAAAAUCAGUAUAUUUUAUAGAAAUUGUACAAAUGUGGCAUAAAGUGAAACGGAUUGUGAUCAUCUUUCUUGCAGUAAAUUGUGCGUCAGCCGAGGAUACUGAGGCUGAGAAGCUAUUUCGGGAACUGGAAGUUGUGCCUGAUAUAUUGGAUGAACCACCAAAGGAAUUAUUGAAGAUUGAGUACGAUGGCGGCUUAGUUGUUGGCAGAGGUGAGGAAUUCACGCCAACGCAAACUAAAGACGAACCGAAAGUCGAUUGGACUGCUGAACCAGAUGCGUUUUACACAAUUAUAAUGACCAAUCCGGACAUACCGACGCGACAGAACCCAGCGACGCGCGAAUGGCUACACUGGUUGGUGGUUAACAUACCGGGCACAGAUUUGGCUAAAGGUUACGUGCUAGACCCCUACAUCGGACCAUUGAAUCCAAAGGAAAGUGGUUUGGUGCGCAACGUUUUUGUGGUCUUCAAGCAACUCGGCAAGCAAGAAUUCGAUGAGCCCAUACUCAAUAAUACGAAUGUGGCUGGCCAUGAGAGAUUCUCUUCUAAGGGUUUUGCUAAAAAAUAUGAUAUGGAACUGGUGGCUGGCAAUAUAUUUACGUCACGUUGGGACGAAUAUGUUACGCUACUGCAUAAGCAAUUCGGUAUUAUUAAGUAAAAAGUACGAGGAGGAAUUCUUACUACAUAUGGUGCAUGCAUACAUAAAUAUUGAUAAAUAUAUAUAAAACCAUGUACCUUAUCUAAUGUCUAGAAAAUUUUCAAAUUGGAUUUGUAAUUUUAGCACGGCGUCUGAAGGACCCAACAUAUCUAUUUGUUCAUUCUGAAAAUCUGUUACAUUCUGCUAUAAUGUCACAAUAUCUGUCAUAAAUUCAAUAAACUUAAAUUCUUUGAUUUAUUGCUA